AUGGACUGGUUACAACAAUUACCACAUCAAUUACAAGAUCAAAUUAAAUCUAUAAUUAAUAAAGAUCAGUCAAGUAUAGAAGUAUUUAAUAAUCUAUAUAAUUUUUUUGCAGAUGAUGAAGAAUCACAACAAGAUUCAAAAAGAAAGAAAUUAAAUGAUGAUGAAUCAAUAGAUCCAAAUGCAACAAUAUUUGAAAUUGAUCAAAUAUCAAUAUUUAGUCCAAUCAGAAAAAGAAUGGAUCUUGUAUUUCAUUUAAUUGAGGAUAAUCCAAGUCCUGUUUUAUCAAUUGUAAAUCCAUCAAAUAAUAUACCUGAAUUAUCAUUUUUAAAUUUAAAACAGCUGAUUAAAUUAUGUUUGAUUUUACCAAUUUUAGGUAAUUCAACAAAUCCACAGAAGAAAGGAAUAGCAUUAUUAUGUUUUUGGAUUAAUGAUGAUCAAAAAGAUCCAAUUAUAUGUCAAUUAAAUUUAGAUGUUAUUAAAAAACAAAUGUUAAAAUCAAAUAAAUUACCAUCAAAUAUUGAUCAACAAUUUGAUUGUCCAAAAGAUUCAGUAAUUUUAAAUCCAAUACAAGAAAGAAUUUUGGAUUAUUUAAAAAGACAAUUUAAAUUGUGUGAUAUAAAUUUAAUAAGUUAUUUACCAUCCCCGACAAUUUUUAAAAAUAAUUUUAUUGAAAAUGAUGAUGUUGCAAUUGUAAUUACGGAUAAAAAAGAACCUUCAAUUAUAAUGGUUGAAUGUCAUAAGGGAGCAAAAGAUGGUGUUUUAAUAUUUUUAGAAAAAAAUGAAGUAAAUCCAUCUUAUUUAAUAUUUGCAUUUAAAAAACCUAUAUUAGUAUUUGAAACUACAAAAAUUAAAAAAGCAAGUUACUCAAAUGUGACAAGUUCAACAUUUUCAUUAACUAUAGUUGUAUUAAAUGAUAGAAAUGAAAAUAGAACAAUUGAAUUUUCAAUGAUUGAUAAUAAAUUUUUUGAUUAUAUUGAUAAAUUUAUAAAACAACAUAAUAUAAGUGAUGAUUCAUAUAAUGAAAAUUUGAAGGAGAAUGGAAAGAAAGAAGUUAAAGAAGAUGAGGAUGAUGAUGAAGAGGAAGAUGAGGAUUUUAAAGAAGGCAGUGAAAGUGAUGUUGCAGAAGAAUAUGAUAGUAAUGUUGAAGAAGUAGAAGAAGGAGAUGUAUUUAGUAAAAAUACAGAAGCUAUUUAA